UGUGCUAGAUGAUCCAUGGAGAGCCACCAACAAUCAAUAUACCUCUGAAAUAAUGUGUGACUGUGAAGUUAGCUGGGAUGGCUGGUACCGUCUCUUCAUUCAGGAUCAGAGCGUUCAGAUGCCAGACACAUGUGUUGAUAUGUUAAGUUGUGGCACUCAUGCUCCACUGUGGCUGACUGGAGGACAUCCAACAGUUGAGGAUGGAGUGGUCACUCGAGAUGUCUGUGGUCACUGGGACAAUGACUGCUGCUAUUUCCAAUCCAAUCCCAUUAAAGUCAAAGCCUGUUCAGGCAAUUAUUUUGUUUAUGAGUUUGUGAAACCAGCUUUUUGCUCUUUGGCAUACUGCGCAGCUGUUUUCAACACUACCUAUACAACUGUCACACCAAAGAAAACCUCAACAACAGCCACUACAAACUUGGACUAUACUGAUAUCGGGAACAAAAACAUUUCCUAUACUACUACAAUGAUAGAAACAACAUCAAACAUAGAAACCACAUUCAUAGAAACUUCAGUCAUGGUCACUGGGAAUGCAGAAAAUACUACCACAGAACCAAAAACAACAGAAAGCAUUACCACUGACACCACAAAUCCAGAAAGUUUCACAAAUGAGAACACAACUACAGAAAACACACUAACCAGCAUUACAUCAACAGAAGGUACCACAGCACCAGAAACCACAACAACCGAGACUUCAAAAGAGACCACAAGAACAGAAAGCACCCCAACUGGUACCACAGUGACAGAAAGUACAAACACUGGCAAAACCACUCCAGAUACUACGACAACAGAGUUGACAACAACAGAAAGCUCUACACCAGAAAGUACCACUUAUGGUAUCACAGCUUCAGAAAGCACCACAACCGAGACCAUAAUAGAGACCACAAAAACAGGAAGCACCACAAUGGGUACCACAACUCCAGAGAGCACAUCAACUGAGGCAACAAGAGACACUACAUCACCAGAAAGCACUACCACAGGUACCACAACAACAGAAAGCACCACAACCAAGACCACAACAGACACUUCAACACCAAAAAGCACCACAAAAGGUAUGACAACAACAGAAAGCACCACAACCGAGACCACAACAGACACAACAACUCAAGAAAGUACCACUACAGGUACCACAACAGCCGAGACCACAACAGACACUAGAACAACAGAAAGCACCACCACAGGUAACACAUCAACAGAUAGCACCACUAAAGGUACCACAACUUCUGAGACCAAAACAGACGCUAUGACAACAGAAAGCACAACAACAGGUACCACAGCAGUUGAGACUACAAUAGACACUGCAACAAUAGAAAGCACCACUCCAGGUAUCACAACAACAGAAAGAACCAAAACUGAGAUCACAACAGACACUACAACACCAGAAAGCAGCACUACAGCUACUACAACACCAGAAAGCACAACAAUUGAGACCACAACAGUCACAACAACUCCAGAAAGUACCACCUACAG